AAAUUCAUUUUUUUGUAAUAAAAAAUAUCGAAAGAAUAAUUCUUUAUUUUUUAAAACUUGUUUUCCAAAAACAAUAAAAUAUAAAUUUUUAAAAACAAUUUUUUUUUUAAAUCAGACAUUUAGAUAAUUUCUAAAAACAAAUUAUCAUUACAAUUUUAUAUUCUUACAUGCAUUGAAAGUUGAAACACAAUCAUAGAAAUUUAUUAGGAAUAAAAAAAAAAACUAUUCGAUCUUUCUAGAAAUUCCUUGCUCACUAUUUUCUAUAUUUGAAUCCCUAAUUUAAUUUUUUUUUUGAAAAAAAAAAAAUGUUUGUGGUUGACCAUCAUCCCACGUAUCCAAACACAACCUAAAAUGGAAAUGAAAAUGUGCGUCUAUAAAAGGCCUCUAAUGGAUAGAUUUGGAGACCCCUGGAGGUGGGCUGAGGAAUCGACCUCCACCCAUCCCCGCCGCCACCACGACGGCCGCCGCCACCCUCAAAAAUAGUACAAAAUUUCCAUGUCAUUUAUAGGAACUAUGUCGUUCUCUAUCCUUCCUCCUACUUCUCCGCCUUGCACCACCACCAAGUCUCUACUCUCCACCGUUCCUCUUUUCUCGCUUUCCCCCCACCCUUCAUCUUCCCUUAAAACCCACCAAAUCCCCACCACAUAUUCCCUUUUUUCUUGCUCUACAAGGACUAUGAAAGCCCCAAGGUGUUCAUUUUCAAGGUUGAGUGGUGGAGGAGAAGACGAUGAGGAUGAGGAUGAGGAUGAGGAUGGAGAAGAAGUAGCAGAGAAGGAAGAGAUGGGUGCUUCUGUGGUGCCUGAGAGAUGGGAUGUGUUGGGUCUUGGCCAGGCUAUGGUAGAUUUUUCUGGAAUGGUGGAUGAUGAAUUUUUAGAGAGAUUGGGACUAGAGAAGGGGACGAGGAAAGUUGUGAAUCAUGAGGAGAGGGGUAGAGUCUUGCAGGCGAUGGAUGGUUGCAGUUACAAGGCUGCUGCUGGUGGAUCCCUUUCCAACAGCCUUGUGGCCUUAGCAAGACUUGGCGGUCGGUCCAUUGGAGGCCCCCCCUUAAAUGUUGCCAUGGCAGGCAGCAUAGGAAGUGAUCCCUUGGGCAGUUUCUACAGAACAAAAUUGCGUCGGGCAAAUGUGAAUUUUCUCUCUGCACCUGUUAAGGAUGGGACAACGGGGACAGUGAUAGUUCUCACGACUCCAGAUGCUCAGCGCACGAUGCUUGCAUAUCAGGGCACAUCUUCUACCGUUGAUUAUGAUGCAUGCUUGGCUAGCACAAUUUCAAAGACGAACAUACUUGUUGUCGAAGGAUAUUUGUUUGAACUUCCUGACACUAUCAGAACAAUUACAAAAGCAUGCAGGGAGGCGCAUCGGAAUGGUUCUUUAGUUGCAGUGACAGCAUCGGAUGUCUCUUGCAAUGAGAGGCAUUACGACGAUUUUUGGGAAAUCAUAGGCAACUACGCCGGUAUCGUGUUUGCAAACAGUGAAGAAGCAAGAGCGUUGUGCCAUUUUUCCUCGAAGGAAAGCCCGGCCUCGGCUACUAGGUAUCUUAGCCAUUUUGUUCCCUUAGUAUCUGUCACUGACGGCCCAAGAGGCUCGUAUAUUGGCAUAAAAGGAGAAGCUGUAUAUAUCCCUCCUUCACCGUGUGAGCCAGUGGACACUUGUGGAGCUGGCGAUGCAUAUGCCUCCGGUAUUCUGUACAGUUUUCUCCGGGGAGUGUCAGAUGUGAAGGGCAUGGGCACAUUAGCCGCAAAGGUGGCAGCCACCGUCGUUCGCCAACAGGGCACCCGGCUUAGUGUUCAUGACGCCGUUGAACUGGCGGAGUCAUUUGCAUUCCAUCUCAACAGCUCCACCAUCCGGUCGGACAUUGGUUCUGACCAUAUUUCUAGUCUGUGAUCCGGUUCUACCACAACGGCUCCACCGUUCGACCGUGACCAGGCAUUGGUGCCAACAUAAUUCCCAGGCGAUUCUUGGUCGAUUUGUCAAUUGUUUUUACACUGAAUUCACAACAUUUUGCAACUCUGUACAUGAUACUCCAUAUAGGGGGUGUUUGGUACGGAAUAGGGAAUGGAAAUGAAUAUUUUGUUUCCAUUCCAAUUUGUUAGUGGAUAAAAAUGAAUUUGAUGAUUCCAUUUCUAA